AAACAAAAAUAAAUGGACAAUACGUAUUUGAUUGUUGCAGUGUUAGUGACCUCAAUCUUCUUGUUGUCUUCCUCCACCAUAUUUCUCUACAGGAAGAGAAGGAGUUGUAGAAGAUCGCCAGUCCCACUUCCAUUAGGCACUCUUGGAUGGCCUUUUCUCGGCGAAACCAUCUCCUUCGUCUCCUGUGCUUACUCAGACCACCCUGAGACCUUCAUGGACCAACGUCGCCACAUGUAUGGGAAGGUGUUCAAGUCACAUUUAUUUGGAAGUCCUACAAUUGUGUCCACAGAUGCAGAAGUGAGUAGAUUUGUUUUGCAAAGUGAUAGCAAGGCUUUUGUGCCUUCUUACCCCAAAUCUCUCACAGAGUUGAUGGGUAAAUCUUCUAUAUUGCUCAUCACUGGAAGCUUGCAAAGGAGAAUUCAUGGCCUCAUAGGGUCUUUCUUCAAAUCCUCACAUCUCAAAGCUCAGAUCACCCAAGACAUGCACAAGUAUCUCCAACAAUCUAUGGAGAAUUGGAGAGAUGAUCACCCCAUAUACAUCCAAGAUGAAGCAAAAAAUAUUGCUUUUCAAGUACUAGUGAAGGCAUUGGUUAGCAUGGAUUCAGGUGAUGACACGGAGUUUCUAAAAAAACAAUUUCAAGAAUUCAUGGCUGGUCUCAUGUCUUUACCAAUUAACAUACCUGGAAGUAGACUCCACAGGUCAUUACAGGCAAAGAAGAAAAUGGUUGAAUUAGUACAUAAAAUCAUCGAAGCAAAAAGGAAGAAUAGAGGCAGAUCAGAAGUUGCAAAAGGAAAAUCUGCUGGUGAAGAUGGAGAUGAAGCAACAACAAUAGCAGGAGAUGGAAAUGGAGAUGGAGAUGGAGAUGGAGAUGGAGGUAGAGGUGGAGAAGGAGAAAAUAUAGGUGGAGAUGGACCACCAGAAACAACAAUAAAUGGAGUAGCAGCACUUUUAACAGCAGCAGGAGAUGGAAGUUGGGGAUUGCUCGAAGGAGUCCUUGAAAUGUUUUUUACGUUCCCCGCUCCUUUUGUUACGUCAAAAAAAAAAAGGCGCAAAGAUGAGCUCAGAGAGCCACUGUGUUGGACUGAUUAUUUAUCUCUUCCAUUCACCCAAACCGUGAUUACAGAAACUCUGAGGAUGGGAAACGUAAUCGUAGGAGUGAUGAGAAAGGCGAUGAAAGAUGUGGAGAUAAAAGGGUAUCUGAUUCCCAAGGGAUGGUGUGUUUUCACGUAUUUUAGGUCAAUUCAUCUCGAUCAAAAUCUCUAUGACUCCCCUUAUCAGUUCAAUCCAUGGAGGUGGCAAAACAGAGAAAUGAUGAGCAAUUAUAGUAGCAUAUUCACUCCAUUUGGAGGAGGACAAAGGCUGUGUCCUGGGAUUGACUUGGCCAGGCUUGAAGCUUCCAUCUUCCUCCACCACUUUGUUACUCAAUUCAGAUGGGUAGCUGAGGCUGAUUCAAUUGUCAACUUCCCUACUGUAAGAAUGAAGAAGAGGAUGCCAGUGUGGGUCAAAAGGAGAAUAUAAAAACUUCAUUUGAGCUGAUGAUAAUUUUAGCUUUUCCGAAAGGAACUUUUCUAGGGUGGGCUUCCAUUAUUCCAUACAAAUCAAGACAAAACAUCAAAUACAUACACCAACGUGAAAAAGCAGGCAGACAGACUAAAAGCAAAAGGACUUCUGAGUUGGCUGCAAUGCACACGUGUGGUGGGGGCCACGCAAUGUUGACAUAUUUGUCCUGUUUCUUAGGUAUAGCUGUUGCACAUGUAAAGACUAUAUAUACAGAUAGACAAUGGUAAAUUACACGAACCAAGAUCCCUGCUUACAUUUCUCCCUUAUAUUUAUUUCUUC